AUGGGCUCGAUUGGAGAGUUUCCAGACGCGAACUCGCCCGAGCUGAGGCUCGUCGUCCCAACCGAGGAGGAAAAGAGACAGACGUGGAUCCAGAACCACGCCGAAUGGGGCGGCGCGCUCGGCCUGCAGGAUUAUCUGGAAAGAGAACCCUAUGUGGCUUCCAUACCGCUCUCGGAGAAUGGCGGACUGCGGUACUGGAUCCUGACCACGGCCACGGGCGCCCCCGGCAGCCGCCCCGUGCUCUCGAGCUGCGAGACGCUGCGCAAGAGGGUCCUGGUCACGGACCCCAAGACGGGCACCCUGCGGGAGGGCAUUGCCUACGGCCUCGGCAGCGUAUACACGAGCCCCCACUACCGAGGGAAACGCUAUGCCAGCCGUAUGCUGCAGGAGCUCAUCCCAAAGCUCGAAAAGGGCUUUGAGACCAUAGAUGGCAAGCAUGUCAAGCCCAUUGCCAGCGCUCUCUGGAGUGAUAUUGGCAAAUCCUUCUACGCCAAGCUCGGAUGGGCCGUAUGUCCGAGCUUUCAUGUCAGCUUCCGGGUCCCGGAAACAAGCCAACAAGUAUCAAAUGGCGUACCGACACCAGCGCCUGACCAAGUUGAGGUCAUCACCUACGAGAAUUUAGAGUCGUUUUGCAAGCGUGACGAAGAACUGCUGCGUAAACAACUACUGAAUAAUGCAAAAGGAGCAAGGCCGCAGUUUGCCUUUGCUCCCGACUACGAUAUUCUACGGUGGGCUCUUUUCAGAGACGAAUUCAUCGCCAGCCGGCUCUUCAAGGGACAGGAGUUGGCCAAGGUCAAGGGGGCGGUUGCUGGGCCAGAGGGAAAGCGUGUUUGGGCCAUAUGGGCACGGAGCUUUUACAACGCCGAGACCGUCGAUAAGAAUACCAUGUACAUUCUGCGGCUGGUGUUCGAGGACGAGUCGGCGCCGCGCGAGGAGCUGGCUGCUUCCUUUGCCGCCAUCAUGCACAAGGCCCAGGCCGAGGCCAGACUGGCACGGGUCGGCAAGAUUGAGCUCUGGAACCCGACGCCCGCCAUGGACGUGCUGAUCAAGGAGAGCGGCCUUGAUCACGACGUGGCCGAGCGGGAGAAUGAUAGCAUCCCCAGUUUGAUGUGGUUCGGAGACGGUGAUGCCAGCCAGGUCGAGUGGGUUGCAAAUGAGAAGUAUUGUUGGUCGUGA